AUGUCGCUCCAGACGUCUCUCUACCACGCGGAUUCAGAUGCGGAUGAUGAAUACGAACGCAGUGUCAUCACCUCGCCGCACCUUCAGACAGACUCGGAAGCGUCUCCGACCGACUCCAGCAUCCCUUCGUCAGAACAUACUCCCACACGGUUUGGAAGCGAAGGCCCACGCACACCGAAAUCACUCAUCUCGCAAUGGACCGUUGACGAAUGCGUGGACUUUCUCACGUCCCUGGGCUUGCUCCAAUACUGUGGUACCUUUCGAGAGAAUGCGAUCGUGGGCGAAGCACUCAUCGCCUUGCGUCACGACGAACUGAAAGAGAUGGGAAUCAACAGCGUGGGCCACCGUCUCACCAUCUUGAAGAGUGUCUACGAGAUCAAGAUUCGGCAAUGUGUUCCUCUUGAGGUGGACCAUUACAUUCCAUUAUCUGCUGAUCAGAGUAUGAACGAGAAUGCGUCACAAGAGGACAUUGCGCGGUUGAUUCAGUCAAUCCAGCGCCGUGACGAAAGAAUUGUUACGGUCGAGACGGAAAUGCAUCGACUAGCGGAAGAUUACCGGCGCCUUCGAGAGGAGAUCUUGCCGCUCAUCAAGACCAUCAAGGACCGAUCCCAGCCUCUUCCCCCUCCAUCAAGUCAUGGUACAUCGUCGGAUACGUUUCGCGACAGCACGACUCUAACCUCGUCCUCAAUUCUCACCCUGGGCGAUAACUCCACUGGUUCAAAAAUACACCGAGCCUUCUCCAAGCGCGCCUACGGCGGAGGCACCACCCCCAAGACGAGUUCACCCACCCACAUCCCGCCCUCCGUCUACGAGGGCCGCAACUACCAUGACCAUCAAAAUCUCGACCCUUCUGCCGCCGCUUCCUUAACGAGUGGCUUGCAGCACUCACCCGGCAUCCCCUCGCCCACCUCUCCGCAUACCCACAUCUCUCAACAACAGACCCUCAACCCACGAUCCUACACGCAGCCGGGCUCUGGCGGCCGCAACAUUCACGACCAGUCCGAGGAGCUUCUGCAACGCUCUGCCUCUCGGGCUGAUCGACAUGGGCCAAGCCAGCAACCUUCUCGCACGGAGACACCGUCUGGGUCGCGUGAUUCAGCAGCUCCUUCUGGGCAUCCCACGAGCGGCGAGAUCUUCAAGUCAUUCCGCGUCUCCUGGGAGGAUCCUUGCUACAAAGUGCUCCCGGCUGCAUUGAAAAAGUACAACAUUCAUAGCGAUCCCAAGUCCUACGCCCUCUACAUCGUCUAUGGGGACCAAGAAAGGUGCCUGGCAUUAGACGAGAAGCCCUUGAUGCUCUUCAAGCAACUUGAGAAGGAAAAUCGCAAGCCCAUGUUCAUGUUGCGAAAAAUUAACAACUCAGAAAACCUGCUCCCAGGUUCAGCACCGAACAGCGCAGGGUUCGAGAACGGACGCCUUCAAGCACAAAUCAACCUUCCCGGUGGAGUCUUGUGA